GGGGGUGGAGGGCGGCGGAGCUAGCUAGCACGCUUGCGCGGCUGUCACAGGGCUGCUUGGUUGGUCAGUGGGGAGUCGGCGCCUGCGUACUAAGACCCGUGUGCAGCAGCGACGGCGGCGGUAGAGGCGGCGGCGGCGGCAGUGGGCUCGGAGGCAGCGGUUGGGCUCGCGGCGAGCGGACGGGGUCGAGUCAGUGCGUUCGCGCGAGUUGGAAUCGAAGCCUCUUAAGAUGGCAGAUGAUUUGGACUUCGAGACAGGAGAUGCAGGGGCCUCAGCCACCUUCCCAAUGCAGUGUUCAGCAUUACGUAAGAAUGGCUUUGUGGUGCUCAAAGGCCGGCCAUGUAAGAUCGUGGAGAUGUCCACCUCCAAGACUGGCAAGCACGGCCACGCCAAGGUCCACCUGGUUGGUAUUGACAUCUUUACUGGGAAGAAAUAUGAAGAUAUCUGUCCAUCAACUCAUAAUAUGGAUGUUCCCAACAUCAAAAGGAAUGAUUUCCAGCUGAUUGGCAUCCAGGAUGGGUAUCUAUCACUGCUCCAGGAUAGCGGGGAGGUGCGAGAGGACCUUCGUCUGCCUGAGGGAGACCUCGGCAAGGAGAUUGAGCAGAAAUAUGACUGUGGAGAGGAGAUCCUGAUCACAGUGCUGUCUGCCAUGACAGAGGAGGCAGCUGUUGCAAUCAAGGCUAUGGCAAAAUAACUGGCUCCCAGGGUGGCAGUGGUGGCAGCAGCAGUGAUCCUGGAGCCUGCAGAGGCCCCCUCCCCCAGCCUGGCCUGGCUCUGGCCAGGCACUUGGCUGGACUCCUAUACGAUUUAUUUGACGUUUUAUUUUGGUUUUCCCCACCCCUUCAAUCUGUCGGGGAGCCCCUGCCCUUCACCCUGCUCCCUGGUCCAGGAGUGAGCCAUGGCCUUGGUGAAGCUGCCCUCCUCUUCUCCCCUCGCACUACAGCCCUGGUAGGGGAGAGGGGGUGGGUGCUGCUUGUGGUUUAGUUUUUUUUUUUUUUUUUUUUUAAAUUCUGGAAUCAGAAAGCUGUGGAUUCUGGCAAAUGGUCCUUGUGUCCCUUCCCCCACUCAUCCCCAAUCUGGUCCCUUGUUCCCCAUAGCCCUUUACCCCAAGUACCACCCCCACAGACUGGGGACCAGCCUCCUCCCCUGCCUAUAUCUCUCCCCAAAUCCCUUUAGCUGGGGAGGGAAGAGGAGGGGAGGGGAGGGGACCUGCCCUCUCCUCAGGCAUCUGGGAGGGCCCUGUCCCCAUGGGCUUCACCCUUUCCUGUGGGCUCUCUCCCCGACACAUUUGUUAAAAUCAAACCUGAAUAAAACUACAAGUUUAAUAUGAAGCCCCAA